CCCAACUUUAUUCUUCAUAGGCGCUGUUGGUUUGCGAUAGAAUAUACUGCAGAUUUAAGCUAAUAAUGCUUGCUGGAAUUGUUUUGGGUCUCUUUGCUGGGCUGUUUUGCACAUGCAGGACUGGAGAGUCCAUCAAAUGCUACUCCUAUUUCUGCUCCAACCACACUACAACACCCCACCCAACAUGUGCACCUCCAAAAGUCAUCACAUGCCAAAUGGAACAUAACUCUCUCAUCCCUCCAGAUCGGUGUAUGAUACAGAGAGUGAUAGGAGAGCCAGGAUCGAGUUUAGGAAUUCAAUCAUCGGUACAUCACGAGAUCCGCGGAUGCGCAAAUCAUUUGGAAUGCAGAAUGUCUCGCUUGUGUGAGGAGGCUAAGAACCAUGGGAACAUAAAACAAUGUCAAACAACAUGCUGUGAAGGAGAUUUGUGUAACAGAGAAGGGCCCGUUGCGAGACAAGUCGUGGAACCCGAGGGACCAAAGGGUUCUGAUCUGUAUUGUUACGCCUGCUCCAACGUCACCGAACCAGGCCAGGUUCCUGGCAUCAAUUGUUCUCAUCCAAUUAGACAACGAUGUGGAAUUGACCCGCUGACCGGCCACCCCCAAGAUCGCUGUCUCACCAUAGUCAUGUCAAGAAAACUACAGAGGCCAAUGGGGAAAGUGCUCUAUCAAGAAAUAAGAAACUGUAGUUCUACCCACUAUUGUAGCCAUAGUUUCUGUUCUGAAGCUAAUCGAACAGGAACUCUCACCACAUGCAAGGCAGACUGUUGCACCAGUAACAUGUGUAAUAAGGAAGGAAUAUUAAUACCAAAUAUGGCGUCAACUGUCAGGCCGAUAACCGCUGUAACAGAGGACCAAGGAGACAAGUUAGCAAGAGAAGGAAUUCCACCAUCUUUUCCUCCGACGAAAGAAGCCAAGCCUACUGGAGCCUCUCCUGAACAGUCCUGCUUCAAGCUGAAAACUCUUCUGGGAAUCUUUGCUGCUAUGUGUAUGUUGCUGGGGUGAUCACUCGAAGCGUAGUAAUCACGAAUUUGAAAACUUUUGAUAAGAUUGGGAUACCUGUGGUUUUGGGUUCUUGGACGAACUAGUACUGUUGUUGGACAAUCCUUAGAUUGGCUGGAUCUGACUAUAGUUGGGUUAAUUGUUUAUUAGUUUAGAAUAUUCACUCGUGUAUCUACUUAAAGUUUCAAAACACAAUCGUAACAGAAUAAGUAGUAAUGUAACCCAGAACUUAUUAGGCGGCUAGUGGAUAUGCCCUCUCACGUAGUGAGUGCAUUCAUCCGCCAUUACCUACGCCAUGUUCAGUACUGAUACUAAGAACUGCAUCAGCCUUUUUAUCUGUUAUUUAAUAUUAAAUUGUCGGAGGAAUGUAGUCAUGUAUAUCGACUCAAUCGAUAGUAUUUACAGCUUGUAAUGCUUCACUUCAAUAAAACAUGCGUGCGCAUCGAUACGUUACUGGUAAAAA